UUACGGGCUGUCUUCAUUUUGUCUUUUUUUUACAGUUUCCUUUCCGUGCGUGUGCGUGUACUGUGGACCUAUUGCACUGGGAAAGGAGUGGGAUGUCGUUUGCAAGUGAUGGAUUCGGUCCCUGAAAUCUUACAUUUGCUUUGUAUCACCCGGUUUAGGCUACAGAAGAGAUUUCAAAGUACCUUGUCGCAAUGAAGAAUAUGCUUUACGGUGAAGAUGACCAUGAACCCAGUCCCGAUCUCGUGGCCCAGUUGGCCCAAGAAGUCUACAGCAACGAUUUACUCCAACUACUCGUUCUCAAUAUUCAGAAACUCGAAUUUGAAGCGAAAAAAGAUGUGGCACAAAUAUUUAAUAACUUGUUAAGACGACAAAUCGGUUCGCGAUGGCCCACCGUUGAAUAUCUGUGCACUCGCGAAGAGACCUUGUUUAUCCUGUUGAAAGGUUAUGAACAACCUGAAGUUGCGUUAAACUGCGGUUUGAUUCUUCGUGAAUGUCUUCGUCACGAAGCUUUGGCCAAAAUCAUCUUAUAUUCCCCUCGGUUCUACCUGUUUUUCGAAUACGUGGAAACCAGUACUUUCGAUAUCGCAUCCGAUGCAUUCGCAUCCUUCAAAGAGAUCCUGACAAAGAACAAACAACUGGUCUCUGAAUUUCUUGAUACCAACUACGAUGAAUUCUUUGAGCAUUACAAACGAUUGCUUACUUCACAGAAUUAUGUUACAAGACGUCAAUCAUUAAAGUUAUUAGGCGAAAUUUUAUUAGACCGAUCCAAUUUCACAGUGAUGACCCGAUACAUCAGCAGUGCUGACAAUCUCAAACUCAUGAUGAACUUGUUACGUGAUCGUAGCCGAAAUAUUCAAUUUGAAGCUUUCCACGUUUUCAAGGUGUUUGUUGCCAAUCCAAAUAAGAACAAGCCCAUUCUGGAUAUUCUCAUCAAGAAUCAAGAGAAAUUGAUCACGUUCCUGAAUAAUUUCCAUAAUGAUAGGCAAGAUGACGAGCAAUUCAACGAUGAGAAAGCCUUCUUAAUAAAACAGAUCCAAGAUCUGAGACCGGAAUAAUCCAAGACAACCAACAAGAUCAAAAAAAAAAAAAUCCCAAAAACCGAUAAUAAAACAUGGAAAAGAGAUAAACCUCACGAUAAACAAUUCUUAUGCAUCCAAAAGAACCCAAAGAAAAAAUUUUCAAUCCAUGUCAUCGUACUACUGCUUUGUUAUUUCGUUCGUAAAUGAUGGUUAUUGUUGUUAGAUUUGAAUUAUGUUUUUUUAUCACGUACAUACGCGUGCGCAUGCGUGCGGUUGGUGCGUAUCAAUUUUACAUGGAAGCUUUAGCGAGACCUAGGCCUGCCUUGACCUUGGCCACCAUCUCCGGGUUGUAAAUCAAAGUGACGAGAUCCUGAACAAAACCGUAACCUUUGCCUCCGCUCUUGAUAGGGUAGUCGAGAAUGGGAGGGAUGGGGGUCUUGACACCGGGAAUACGAUCCGUCGUCAACGCCUU